AUGGCCACUUCCACUGCCGCUGCCGCUAAAAGCGCCUAUCGCCAACUUCUCCGGUCAACCCGGGUUGUCUUUCACAACGAUCUCCCAGUCCUCAUCGCCGCGCGCCAGGAAGCGCGCCAGAGCUUCGAGAAGAACCGUCGCCCAGCUGUCGACACUGGAAUGCAAAUCAACCAUGCGAUUGAGGUUGCGAAUAUCCUGCGCCAUAACAUCGUCCAAGGCUCGAGGGAGCAGGGAGAUGAAACUGCCAAGUGGGAACUCAAUAUCCACGAUCAGAUCGAACGCGGCGAUAAUGACUCCAUUAAAGUCGGCGAACGGGAUGUGAAGAUUCACAAGGCUUGCUCGUCAUGA